ACGUUGUUUGUGACUGUCUCUGUGCAUGUGAUCCACAGUUCACACCGUUCCUCUUGUUCAUUUUUUUUCUGAUUGUUUCCCGAGAAAAAAAAUUGGAUCAAACAUCGCUAAUCAAAAAUGGGUUCGGUUCAAUUUAUCGAAUCAAUCGAUUGGGAGCAGGAAGCUUACCCUGCUUAUGGCGAUUUCAUUGUCCUUCCUUUCUUUGCUCUGUUUUUCCCCUCUGUUCGUUUCUUUCUCGAUAGAUUCAUGUUUGAGAAAAUUGGAAGGCGUUUGAUUUUUGGGAAGGGGCAUGAGAUGCUGGAUAGUGAUACAGAAGAGAAAAAGAAGAUUAUAAAAUUUAAGGAGUCUGCUUGGAAAUGCAUUUAUUAUCUUUCAGCUGAGGUUCUGGCUCUCUAUGUAACUUACAACGAGCCCUGGUUUACAAAUACCAGAAACUUUUGGGUAGGACCUGGAGACCAGGUCUGGCCUGAUCAGAAAAUUAAAUUGAAGUUAAAGGGACUUUAUAUGUAUGUUGCUGGAUUUUAUGCGUACUCUAUAUUUGCUUUGAUUUUCUGGGAAACAAGGCGUUCUGACUUUGGAGUCUCCAUGGGUCAUCAUGUUGCAACUGUCAUCCUCAUCGUGUUAUCUUACAUAUUUAGAUUUGCUCGUGUUGGUUCGGUUGUUUUCGCAAUUCACGAUGCUAGCGAUGUAUUUCUUGAGAUAGGGAAAAUGAGCAAAUAUAGUGGGGCUGAAACACUUGCUAGCUCUGCAUUUCUAGUUUUUGUUUUGUCUUGGAUCUUACUGCGCCUCAUUUACUACCCGUUCUGGAUCCUCUGGAGUACAAGUUAUGAAGUUCUCCUUGCAUUGGACAAGGAAAAACAUCCCGUAGAUGGACCGAUUUCUUAUUAUCUGUUCAACACCCUCCUAUUUUGCCUGCUGGUUCUUCAUAUCUAUUGGUGGGUACUUAUGUAUCGAAUGCUUGUCAAACAAAUCCAAGCAAGAGGCAAACUCAGUGAAGAUGUUAGAUCUGAUUCUGAAGAUGAACAUGAAGAUUGAUCUGGAAAGAAGAAAUACUGAAUUAACAUGACUUGUGAAAUUGUGCAGAACGGAUGGGGUUUCAGCCAUUGAUAUUCUUUUAAUCUGAAUGGUAUACUUGCAUCUCUAUUUUAUAUCGUUGCCGUGACGACUCACAGAAGCAUUUCAGAGCGUUCCACUGGGUCUACUUCGACCGCCUCACUGGCAAAUUGUAGUAAAAUUACAUUUUACAAUGGAACUCUGUAAUUCAUCAACUCAAAGAUAACUCUGCAGCCAAGCUGAGAGUUUGCUUAUGGAUUCUGUUUCUUAUUGCUUGUUUCGUCUUAAAUUGAAGCUCAUAACAUAGUUGUAGAUUCAUGUCUCCAUACUGAGCAUAUUUUUAGUAAAGGGUAAUUAUUUUUU